ACAAAAAUUAUAUAUUUUUAAAUAAAGAUUGUGUAUUUGUCUUCGUGUUUUUCUGUAUGCCUACGCCGGUUAUUGUAGCGCGGCAAUGCUUGGCGCCAGAUGCAGCCACCGCGCUAGACGAGGCGGUAGCCGUCGCGCGACGGAGAGGACACGCCCAAACGACGUCGUUGCACGCUGUCUCCGCCCUCUUGACCAUCCGUUUGUCCUCAGCCUUACGCGACGCAUGUACCCGAGCUCGCAACGUGGCCUACCCUCCCCGGCAUCAGUUCAAAGCGUUGGAGCUUUGCAUAAGCGUGUCACUCGACCGGGUCCCCUCGGGUCAGCACAGCAACGACCCGCCCGUUUCCAACUCGCUCAUGGCGGCGAUAAAGCGGUCUCAGGCGAACCAGAGAAGAAAACCGCCGGAGAAUUUCCACGUUUACCGCGACAUCUCAAAUCAACACAAUCCCAAUAUAUCGUCCGUCAAAGUCGAGCUCCAACACUUGGUCUUGUCGAUCCUCGAUGACCCGGUCAUCAGUCGGGUUUUCGGCGAAGCGGGUUUCCGGAGCUCCGAAAUCAAGCUGGCGAUCAUCCGUCCCCUCCCUAAUCUCCUACGAUACUCCCGACCCAAUGGCCCACCCGUUUUCCUUUGCAACCUGGAAAACCCGGAUCCUGUUCGUCGGAGCUUCAGCUUCCCUUUCCCGGGUUUCACUUCCUAUACUGAAGAAGCAAACAAUAAGCGAAUAUGGGAAGUUUUGGCGCGAAGGAGGAAUCCUCUGCUCGUCGGUGUAUGUGCUCACGAUGCACUCGUCAGUUUCACUGAUAAAAACAAAGAUGGUUCGAACAUAAUUUGCAUCGAAAAGUAUAUUACAAAGUGUAUAAACGAAGGGUUUAAGAAAUCAGAGAUGGAUUCGAAGUUUGAAGAAAUGGGUCUGAUCGUGGAGCGGGAAAUGGAUAGAUCCGGUGUCGUUGUGAACUAUGGAGCUCUGGAGAUUUUCGUUAAUGGAAAAAACGAGGAUGAUGAUGAUGAAGAAGAAGAAGGUGUUGGUUAUUUAGUGGAACAUUUAACUAGGUUAUUACAAGUUCAUGAAGGGAAUGUUUGGUUUUUGGGAGCUGCAAAAACUUACCAGACAUACUUGAAGUUCAUAUGCAUGUUUCCUUCGGUUGAAAAACAGUGGGAUCUGCAGAUUUUGCCCAUUACUUCAUUGUCUCACUCUUAUCCCAAGUCCAGCGUGAUGGAGUCCUUUGUUCCAUUCGGAGGGACCUUUCCUACGCCAACCGAGUCAAAGAGCUCCUUAACCGGCUCGUAUCGGCUCAUGUCACGGUGUUGUCGUCUAUGCAGCAAGAAAUGUGAACAAGAAGUGAUUGCGAUUUCAAAGGGAGGAGGGUUUGAUGUUUCAGUUGCGGAUCAGUACCGAUCUGCUUUGCCUUCUUGGUUGCAGAUGGCAGAGCUUGAUGCACAUGGUGGACUAUAUAUGAAGGCCAAAGACGAUGGAAAGUUUUUGAACAUUAAGAUAGCAGGGGUGCAAAAGAAGUGGGAAGAUAUAUGCCGGCGCCUUGAUCACAUUCAUCAUGUCCCCGAGUCGAACACUUAUCAACCGAAGCCUUCGAAAGUAGGCGAUUUUCAGACGCCUGAACCGAUAUCUCCGUAUAGUUUGUCCAAUUCGAGUGUGGGCAAUGUUACCCUAGCAUUUCCCACGUCUGGGACUUCUGUGACGACGGACUUAGGACUGGGAUUAUGUUCGGUUUCUUCAAGCAACAAAUUGAUGAAACCGACUAGGCAGAACCGUGCAACGGUUGUACGAGACUACUCAAGUUGCCUUCCUGCAAAUAUUGAUGUGACCAAUGGGAGUGUCUUGAGCCAUGAAGCUCAGUCCUCAUCCUCGUCUUCCGACUUUGGUGGACCGCUUGAUCCUAGUGAUUGCAAGAAGCUUUUCGCUGCUGUCACCGAAAGAGUAGGUUGGCAAGAUGAAGCUGUGAAUCUUAUUUGCAAAGCAGUAGCCAAUUGCCGAGCACGAAAUGGAAGAUGUGAUGGAGCCAGUCGAAGAAGUGAUGUAUGGAUGAAUUUCAGUGGACCUGAUAGGUGUGGCAAGAAGAAAAUUGCUAUUGCACUUGCGGUUGUGAUCUAUGGAGAUAGAGAGAACUUCAUCGACAUUGAUCUAAGUUCCGAAGACGGGGUUAGACAUUUCGAUUUAAGGUUUCGAGGGAAGACCAUGAUCGAUUAUGUUGCAGAGGAGUUGAGCAAAAAGCCCUUGUCUGUUGUAUUCCUUGAGAACGUAGAUAAAGCUGAUACCCAUGUUCUAAGCAGCUUGUCACAGGCUAUCCGGACCGGCAAGUUCCCGGACUCACACGGAAGAGAAGUCAGCACCAACAACGCGAUUUUUGUGACAACUUCAACUUCAGUUACAGAAAAUCACGUUAUUUACCGGAAAACACAAACAUCGAAGUACUCGGAGGAUGAAAUAUUGAGAGCCAUGGGCUGGCCACUGCAAAUAUUGAUCAAGCAUGACAACAACACAAUCAUCCAGGACUCAAGGUCGGAAAGAGUCUCGAUGCAGGGGUUUUUGAAUAAAAGAAAGCUGAUCGGGUCCAAUGAAACAAUGGAGCAUCAUGGGAACACCGAAAUGGUUAAACGGGCUAACAGGACAUCAUGUCCGAAUCUAGAUUUGAAUGUUCCAGCCGAAGAAACCGACGAUGGAACAGUUGAAAACGACUCUGGUGCUGAGAACCCCACACCUUGGUUGCAACAUUUCUUCAAACAACCAGUUGAAAAUGUGGUUUUCAAGCCAUAUGAUUUCGAUGCACUCGCACACAAAGUAUUGGACGAUAUAAACCAGAGUUUCCGUGAGUCUAUCGGCUCGGAAUGUUCACUAGAAAUUGAUUCGAAAGUCAUGGAACAACUACUAGCAGCUUCAUAUUUAUCAGAUAACAACACUGUGGUGACAGAAUGGAUAGCACAAGUACUUUCAAAGGGAUUUGCAGAAGUUGAUAAAAAGUACAACCUUAACACUCACUCUGUCGUGAAACUCGUUCCGGACCACCACACACGUCCAUCGGAGAAACCGGUCGGAAUUUCCCUUCCCGGGAUAAUUAACGUAAACUUAAGCCAACCCGGGUAGGUAGGUACGUAAACAUUCAGCAUGUUGUGAAUUA